UUGAAAGGAACAAACUAGCUUUCAUAGAGGGCUUCGCACGCGUGCUUCUCCCCCAAUCUCUCUAUCAAUGGCGGACGACCUGUUCCAGGGCUUGCCUCCUCCCUCUACGGCGUCCCCGCCGCAGCUCCCGGAGCAGCCUGCGGCCUCCUCUUCCAAGAGGGAUUCGCCCCCGCCGCCGGCUCCGGCGCCCAUCCUCAAGAGCGCCCUCAAGCGAGACAAGCCCUCGGACCCUCAAGACGCUGCACCUCAGAAGCGCCUAAGGUUCAGAACAAGUGUUGAUGCUACAGAGGCACAAGUUAUAGAAGCAAUGCAAAAGAUAGCAUCACACAUAAAGAAUCCUGCAAAGUUCAGCAAAGCAUCAAAACUUGCUGUGCAACUAAUCCAAGCUGGAAGUGUCAAGUCAGGAACUAGCAAUCAGUUUUUUGAUAUUCUGGAAGCUGCAAUGGCUUCGCCAUCAGUUUGUAAUGAGCCUUCACUGAGAAUGGAUUAUCAAGCCUUAUUUUCAGCAGUUCAAGAUGUUGCAGAGUGUUUUAGUAAAGAGCAGAAAAAUCAGCUGGCAACGUGGACUUUGCAGGCGGUGGUUGCAAAUGAUCUUUAUACCGAUGACAGCUUUGUGUACUCAAAAGCAGCAGGAAAGAUCAAAGAUGCAAUAUCUAGCCUCCCUCAUGCUACAGUAGAUGAUGACAAAGAAGAAGCUGCAGCACUGGCACUAGCUGAAAACAAAGCAGUAGGCAAAGACACUGCUGAACUGGGUACUACUACAUCAGCUACUUUGUCCGAAACGAAGAUCCAUGUUUCUGAUCCAUUUGGGUUAGAUGUUUUGCUUCCAAGCAAAUCCAAGAAAGACGAAAGAGCGAGAGGAAAGGAUGUGACAACUUCAAACCAAAAGGAAGAAGAAGCAGAAGAACCUAAGAGAUUUAUCAAAUCUCAAAGAGAGGUUUUACUAUUAUGUUUGGAAAUAGCUGCACGUCGUUAUAAAGUGCCAUGGGCUCAAACUGUUAUUGAUAUACUGGUUAAGCAUGCUUUUGACAACAUAGACAAGUUCACGGCUCGACAAAGAGAUGCGAUUGAGAAGCUAUGGGCUUCAAUUAGGGAACAACAUAUCAGAAGAAAACAAGGGAAGUCCGUGACCGGUAAACUUGACAUGAAUGCAUUUGAAUAUCUUCAGGAGAAGUAUGCACGUGAGAAGAUUAGCAUCCGUCAUGCUGUCGGAGGUGGUGGUGAACGCCGUGCUGAACAGUGGCUUGGUUAGCUCUCUCCAUCACUUGGCUUUGAUUUUUAUUUUUCUCACAAUGAGAAUUGAUCUAUUCAACACUGUUCGGUCAAUGUACCGAAUUUGAACUUGUUACCGAUGGCACUGCAAGUUGCUGAUCUCUUUCAAAGUUAUAGUUCGACAUCCAGAAGGAUCAAACAAUGUGAUUCCAGUGAUGUACUAUCAAGAUAAUGGUUCUUUAGUGUAUCGAAUGUACACUUUUAUCAUCCUUAAUCAUGGAAGUUGAUUUGGAUGUGAAUGUAAAAUGGUCGGUGUAAUACGUUCAUGGAGUGAUUGUCAACAUCCUACCAAAUUGUAGUCAUUGACUAUUGUGUUUAUUCCCAUAUCGAGAAACUCACACGAAAAUGCUGCUAGGUGUUGAUGAUUCA